UUUCAGCGCUAAAUAACAGCUAAACACGUGUCCAUACACAAUGCAAAACUUGACAGCUACAGUACGGGAAGAAGAAUUGAAUAGUUCAGAGAAAAUGGCGGAAACCAACAGGAACGGUGAAACACCAUUGUUGAGAUCAGAGGACGGAGAAUUGGAGAAAGGAAGGAAGAAUGGGAGGCCCAAAGAGCCAUGGAAAGGGGAAGUAGUGAAGAGCAUUGUAUAUGCAGGGCUUGAUGCCAUUGUCACUUCUUUCUCCCUCAUUUCUUCCAUCUCCGCUGGCCGUCUUUCCUCUGUUGAUGUUUUGGUGUUGGGUUUUGCUAAUCUAGUGGCUGAUGGAAUAUCUAUGGGGUUUGGGGACUAUGUAUCAAGCAGCACGGAGAAGGAUGUCGCUGCCAAAGAGAGGACAGUCACCGAGUGGGAUGUCAUUAACCAACACAGGCCUCAGAAGCAGGAAUUACUACGACAUUAUCAGGAACUUGGAAUGAACGAUACUGAUGCUAAUACAGUGGUGAACAUAUUUUCCAAGUAUCAGGACAUAAUGGUGGAUGAGAAGAUGGCAACUGAGAAAGGAUUAUUGCCACCAGAUGAAGCUGAAAAACCAUGGAAGAAUGGACUAAUCACAUUUGCUGCCUUCAUUGUGUUCGGUUGUGCUCCACUUCUGGCAUUCAUCGUGCUCAUCCCGUUCACAAACAAUGAUACGCACAAGUUCAUAGGUGCCAUUGUGUUUUCCGCAGUUGCCCUUGCACUGCUGGGGAUAGCUAAGGCCAAGAUUGCUGGUCAGAAUUAUGCUCUUUCUGCAGCCAUUACCCUUUUCAAUGGACUCAUUGCUGGUGCUGCUGCAUAUGGAAUUGGUUGGACUCUUAGGAAUGUUGCUGGCUUGGAAGAGUGAUCGCUCACUACUAUGUUGCAAAACUGGUUUUGCUGUUAAAAGCAAGCUAAGGGUUACAAAAAGUGAGAGCACUUGGUGAUUUCCUAGUUUUUAACCUUUCUUGUGACAACAAAAUCCUGCUCUUAAUGUUCUUGAAAUAUUACUGUCCUAACUUGAUGUAGUGAAUGACUUUUCUUGUCUAACUAAUGCACUUUUAAGUUUGAAAAGGAAAAGCACUAAAGAAUCAAAUGGCCUCUGCAGCAGUUAGAAUUCCCGCUUA